AUGCGGCGGUUGGCGUCGGUGAAGGAGCAUGCCGAUCUGCUCCUCGAUCCAAUAUCCGUGUCGCAAUCGAUAUCGCUGGGACAGCAUCCGGAUAGUGCUAUCGACAAUGUUCGUCGUCUGUAUGAACGACAUGAUAAUGAGGAUGCAGCGCCUCCUAUAUAUUCCGAAAUGCUCAAGCUGCAGUAUGAUGGGAAGAUCAGGAGUUGGCAUGAGGCUUCGAGAUGGAUAAAGUACGAGCAAGUCGUUGAAGGCGGUGGCACACGUUUUUCCAAGCCACACAUCACCCUUCUGAGUUUUCAAGGACUCCUCCAGGCUCGGAAUUGCCUGCGCCGUGGCGUCGUGGUCCUUGACUCCACGCGGGAAUCUCUUUCAUCAGUUUUUGAUGACAUCAUCAGACUAUGGGAAGACCGGGCCCUCGUCAAUGACACAAAUAUUAAAGGCAUCAGGAAGGCGCUAUGGGCCCCGAAGGUCCAUAUGACUAUUUCGAAAUCAAGAAGAAAUUCACUCGACCAAGCCUCUGAUAGUGACGACGAGGCAGAGGAAGAUGGAAAAGAGAGGGAGAAUCAGGAGACUCACACCCACAACGACACCAACCACCUGACCAUCGACACCGGAAAUGCUACCGGAGACCUAUCGCAGUCCGAAAAACGCCUCGUCUCUAAGCUGCCGAACAACACCGAAUCGUGCGCAAUACUUGUCGGCCACGUCGCCUCCCUGGAGCACCCAACGUGCGCUUUUAUACGCCUGAAAACGGCUCAGAACUUCUACCCCGAAAUCCCUGACAUUCCUGUGCGCACCAAGUUCAUCUUCGUGCUCCUCACCCCCAAGGAUAACUACGAGAACGAGGCGGUCAUGAUUGGGCGGACAGUUGGGGCCCUGCUUUCUGAUGAGGUCUUCCGACGUGUCGCUGAACACACCCAAGAGCCCUACACGAUGGCCGACGCCAUCGAGGAGUUCAUGUCGAACAUGGUGGUGAUUCCGCCUGGGAAAUGUACGACCGAGACGCGUUGGGAGCCGAAAGAUGGUGGAACGGAAGAAGUUCGACUUGGGCAUAUGAACAAGCACAAGGUGUCGCUGGAGGGGAGCUCUACUGACGGCGAUUCUCACGCAGUCGGCCUCCACAGAACUGGGCGCACUUUUGGAGGACUUGCAGCUGACAUUAAAGCCAAACUACCGUACUACGUCUCCGAUUACACUGACUUCUUCCGGGGACGCUUCUCUCAAUCCCUCGCAGCUACAGUAUUUCUGUUCUUUGCCAACUUGACCUCAAUCAUCACUUUUGGAGCAGUAAUGGGCGUCAAGCUGCAUCAUGAGAUGGCAACGAUUGAAGCGAUCCUGUGCGGAGGAAUUUGUGGCGUGAUAUUUGCCAUGUUCUCCGUCGGUAUCUGGAUUUUCAUCAUGCUGAUGAUUCUGACAGCUACAGAUGCUUCUGCACUUGUUGGGUUGAUCACACGCUUUACUGAAGAUGCUUUUGCUACGCUAAUUAGCGUCGUUUUCAUCAUCCAGGCUUUCGAAAAACUGAUCGGCAUCGGAGCAACAGAAGCCAAGAAAUCUGCGGCAAAGAUGGCAGCACUCCAGGCUUCCGGUUGCAAAUGCUUUGUGGGAAAUUCGACAGAAGACUCGUUAAUUGCCGGAUUUUUCCAGAAUGAUACACGUGAAGGCGCCUGUGAUCUCGGAGAAUUCCGGGAGCUCGACAACCAGAUCGACGUCUACCAAUUGUCGAUAAUUUUGACGUUCGGCACCUUUGCGCUGACAUACGCCUUCAAGGAAUUCCGGAAGUCGCCGUUCUUCUCUUCGAAUAUCCGAAACGCCGUUUCCGACUUUGGAGUCCUAAUAGCUAUCGUCGUUAUGACCGCCUAUUCGCACUACGUUGGGGAAGACAAAGUCCCGACCCUCAAUAUCCCGGACAGCUUCAGGCCGACGAAAGACCGCUCAUGGCUCGUGCUCCCCGUCGACGUGCCACUCCACCUGAUUCUGAUCGCCAUCCUCCCAGCAGCUUUUUACACUAUUUUGAUAGUCAUGGAUCAACAGAUUACUGCUGUCAUUGUCAACCGCAAGGAUAAUCUCUUAAAGAAAGGCUACGGCUACCACCUUGACCUGCUCGUCAUCGCCAUUCUCGUGCUCAUCUGCUCAUUCCUGGGGCUGCCAUUCUUUGUAGCAGCUACUGUGCUUUCCGUGAUGCACGUCGACUCCUUGAGGGUACAAUCCGAGAGUGCGGCUCCGGGAGAAAAGGCACAGAUGCUAGGUGUCAAAGAGCAGCGGCUGACCGCUAUUCUUGCCCAUUUGAUGAUUGGUGUCUCGGUUUUCUUAACUCCCGUGAUUAAGCUCGUCCCAAUGCCCGUCCUCAUCGGUGUCUUCUUGUAUAUGGGAGUAGUGUCCUUAAUCCACCAGCAAUUCGUCCAACGAGUCGCACUCUGGUUUAUGCCGGUGAAGCAUCAGCCCGACUACACGUGGCUACGUUGCGUGAAAAUGCGUCGUGUUCACCUCUUCACCCUGAUUCAAAUGUUGUCGCUUAUCGGGCUAUUUGUUGUCAAGUAUUCUCCGGUAGUCAAGAUGGCGUUCCCAUUGAUGCUUAUCAUCAUGGUCCUCAUCCGAAUGAUGUCCCUUGAAAAAGUAUUCACCCACUCCGAGCUCAAAUCACUAGACGACAUCCUACCCAGCUUCAAGGAAGUGAUGUUCCCGAAAAAUCGGGGAAAGCUGAGCAUUAACCAAUACGAAAAAGUCAACCAGGAUCCGGAGGCUCUACUAAUCAAGGAGAGCCGG